CGGAAGCGGAAGGUAGAACCUGCUUCCGGGCGGCUGAUUGGAGGACUUGUUUUGUUACAAGCGGUGCAUCUAAAGAUCUGUAGCUGGGCAGGCCAUGCCUUCUGAGGGUCGCUGCUGGGAGACUCUGCAGGCUCUGCGCAGCUCCGACAAAGGUCGCCUCUGCUACGACCGCGACUGGCUGCUGCGGGGUGAGGAUGUUUUACAAGAAUGUAUGUCUCUUCCCAAGCUGUCUUCUUACUCUGGAUGGGUAGUAGAUCAUGUCCUGCCUCACAUACAAAAGAACGCACCUCCCUCUGAGACGUCAGCAUCCUCUGUAUCUACUUCAGCCCUCGACCAACGUUCAUCUGUUCCCAGAUCUCCUCUCAGAAACCCUGCCUUCUCACCUGUCUCCUCAGCAACAUCAAAUGGAACCAAGGACAAACAUGAGUCUCCACAUACAGAACCUAUGGUACUUCAGUCCCCCCGGGGGAUGAAAGUGGAAGGCUGCAUCCGAAUGUAUGAGCUGGUGCACAGAAUGAAAGGAGCAGAGGGCUUGAGGCAGUGGCAGGAGGAGCAGGAGAAGAAGGUGUGGGCCCUUUCUGAGAUGGCAUCUGAACAGCUUAAGCGGUUUGAUGAACGAAAGGAACUGAAGCAUCAUAAAGAAUUCCAGGACUUACGGGAAGUAAUGGAGAAGAGCUCCAGAGAAGCCCUGGGGCAGCAAGAGAAGCUGAAAGCCGAGCAUCGUCACAGAGCAAAGAUCCUCAACCUGAAGCUGCGGGAAGCGGAGCAGCAGCGCCUGAAGCAAGAGGAGCAGGAGCGGCUCCGGAAGGAAGAAGGCCAGGCCCGCCUGCGCAGCCUCUACGCCCUGCAGGAGGAGGUGCUGCACCUCAGCCAGCAGCUGGACUCCUCCGACCAGCACAGGGCCCUGCUGCAGGUCGACCUGUCUGCCUUCCGGACCCGAGGCAACCAGCUCUGCGGUCUUGUUUCAGGGAUCAUCCGGGCCACUUCUGAGAACGGCUUUCCCACAGUAGAGGACCAAGCUGCGGCUCAGGGAGCGCUACAGGAGAUGCGCGACCUCCUCUCAAACUUGCAUCAGGAGAUCUCCAGGGCCUGUGAGGAGAAGAGGAGGCGGGAUGAAGAGGAAGCCCGGAUAAAGCGGCAAGAGUCACAGAUGCAGCAGAGGCCGGAGGCCCACAAAGAGUCACCCGUUCCCAACCAGGGCCCAGGGGCGAAACCGAACGAAGACCUCCAGGUGAAGGUGCAAGACAGUACAAUGCAGUGGUACCAGCAGCUGCAGGAGGCCUCCGGUCAGUGCGUGCUGGCCUUUGAGGGCCUGAGCAACAGCAAAGACAGUCAGGCCAAAAAGAUCAAGAUGGACCUCCAGAAGGCUGCCACGAUCCCAGUGAGCCAGAUCUCUACCAUUGCAGGCUCGAAGCUGAAGGAAAUCUUUGACAAGAUCCACAGCUUACUUUCUGGAAAACCUGUUCAGUCUGGCGGGCGCGCCGUGUCUGUCACACUUAACCCACAAGGCCUAGACUUUGUCCAGUACAAACUGGCAGAGAAAUUUGUGAAACAAGGGGAGGAGGAAGUGGCCUCCCAUCACGAAGCAGCAUUCCCCAUCGCGGUUGUGGCAUCCGGGAUCUGGGAGCUCCACCCCAGAGUAGGGGACCUCAUCCUGGCUCACCUGCACAAGAAGUGUCCUUACUCUGUUCCUUUCUACCCAGCAUUCAAAGAGGGAAUGGCUUUGGAAGACUAUCAGAGGAUGCUUGGCUACCAAGUAAAGGAUUCCAAAGUAGAGCAGCAGGACAACUUUCUAAAGCGCAUGUCUGGGAUGAUCCGUCUCUAUGCCGCCAUCAUCCAGCUCCGGUGGCCAUAUGGAAACCGACAAGAGACUCACCCUCAUGGCUUAAAUCAUGGUUGGCGCUGGUUGGCACAGAUCUUAAACAUGGAGCCCCUGUCAGAUGUGACGGCUACCCUCCUCUUUGACUUCUUAGAGGUGUGUGGGAAUGCCCUCAUGAAGCAGUACCAGGUCCAGUUCUGGAAGAUGAUACUUCUCAUCAAAGAGGACUACUUCCCCAGGAUUGAAGCCAUCACAAGCUCAGGGCAGAUGGGUUCCUUCAUACGCCUCAAGCAGUUCUUGGAGAAAUGUCUGCAGCACAGGGAGAUUCCUGUCCCCAAGGGCUUCCUGACUUCCUCCUUCUGGCGUUCCUGAUGUCACUCUAGCACCCACCAUCACCGUUUUGUUGCAGAGGGGCAAUAAUAAAGCAACUGAAGACAGCUGUACAUGGGGAAAGUCAUGUCAAUAUGUGGUUUGUGUAUUUGUAUCUUGUGACUAAGAGGAGAUUUCUAUGGGUCACAAAUCUAAGAGGUCCCUUAAUAGAUCUGGUGACUCCUUAAAGAGGUCCACAUGACAGAGUAAACAAAAUUGGCCUUUCUCAUUUUUAUGGAAAAUAAGAAAAAAAAAUUAUGAGAAUAAAAGGUUAAUGCUUGAUCUUACCCUUUAUUUCCUUUAUCUCUUAAGUGUCUUUCAGAAAUUAGGUUAAUACCUUGACUGUUUCACUCUGAGCUGAAGUGACCCACUGCUUUUACUCCCCUACACCCAACCCCUUCCUACAUGCUGCCCCUUUUCAGAAUUUCCGGAAUGAACAAAGACUUGAGGUCCCUUUUAAAGCAGCACUUAAUAGUUGAGGCCCAAAUCUUCACAUGCAGGCCUGGGUUAUGGUUGUUUUGCUUCAGUUAGCUUGUGAAGUAUUUAUAAAUUCAGAAGAAAUGGCCUGAUGUAGACAUGGACUAAGUCCAAAUUGCAUCAGAGAUAGCUUAGUGUCUGGGAUUAGGACUGUUAAAACAUAUUAUACUGAACCACGAAGAACUAUUUAUCCUCUUACUUUGGAAUUUGGUUCCUGGAUGACUCGGGAUGCACGAACCAAACUUUGUUUCUCAGUUUGAAUUAAGAUGGGCUGAGAUGGGGCUUGCAGCAUUGUACUUGAGCUGAGCAUCUGUAAGCAAUGAAUCAGGGCCUUAUAAUUCUUUACAUGUUCUGAGCAAUGGAUGACAGAUUUGCCUGACUAACGCCACUACAAAAAUCCGGAGUCUGGCUGUUCAGAUAAGAGUGGAGAUUUGCUCUAUGAAAAGACUCCUUCAUUCUGCAGAGGCGGCGGCCAUGAAUCUGUUCCUCUGUUCUAAAUGUUGUAUGUGGGGGUGUGUUUGUGAGGGGGUUCCCUGGUAAUCUUUAACAGCUUGAAGCGACCCAUUCUGUGAAUUACUGACUAUGGUGCCAAAAUAUAAAUAAUAAAGCUUGGUUUUUAAAAAAC